CACUUAAUGUGCUCAAUAAUGAUUCUGAAGAUGAGGUUUUACUUUCUGACAGUAGUGAUGACUCAUUAAUGGAUACUUCUUUUGAUGGCGAUAGUGAAAAUUCAAACAAACUAUCCUCAAACGAAGACACAGAUGAUGAUCUGGUAGACGAGGACUCUUGUGGAAAUGCUUUUAAAAUUAAAUUGCGUCAUUGGGCUUUGAUUUUUAACAUUAGCCUUGUUGCUUUGACUGCAUUGCUACUUCUUUUAAAAUCAGUUUUACCAUUUCCUUUGCCCUUGGAUGCAAGAACCUUGAUGGGAACAGUCAGAUUUGUAAAAAUUUCGGAAAUUUGCGGUGGGCAAUAUUAUCAUUUUGGUGUCGAGAGAGCCGUAAGGGGUAUUCUUCGAGAGUACCAGAAAAGGGGAAAAUCAAUUAAGGAAGUUAAAUUAAUAUGUAAUAUAGAUGGUUUACCCAUCUCAAAAUCUGGGACUGAAAGCCUUUGGUUAAUUCUAUGCUCUGAAAUAAAUGGAGACAUAGUAUAUCCUGUUGGAGCGUUUUACGGCGCAUCAAAACCAGAAGAUGCUAAUGAUUUUCUAAAGGAAUUUGUUGAAGAAUUAAUUUAUAUAUGUAAUAAUAAACUAAAAGAUUCUGAUGUUUCAAUAUCGUGUACAGCUAUAGUUUGCGAUGCUCCGGCAAAAUCUUUCACCUUUUAUCUGAAAGGACAUACGGGAUAUAAUAGCUGUUCAAAAUGCACCAUUAGAGGUAAAUAUAUUGCGCGAAAAGGAAAUGAGAAAGGUAAAGGAAAACGUAAGAAGAAAGGCAAAGGUCGAAAAAAAGGGGAACUGUAUGUUUUCCAGGAAUCAAACCUUCACCUCUGAAAACAGAUGGAGGAUUUAUUAAUAAUGAUUAUCAAGAAUUCGACAAUGGAAAAGAGACAAUCUUAACCCAAAUUCCAAAUUUCGGUUGCAUCUCCAAUGUGCCUUUAGAUUAUAUGCACCUGGUAUUGUUAGGUGUAAUUAAGAAACUCAUACAGUUAUGGGUGAAGGGUCCACUUAAAGUGAGAUUAAGUUCAGAAGAAAUAAGAAAAAUUUCUAAAAGACUGUUGAAUCUUCGUUGCAGCAUACCUUGUGAAUUUGGGAGAAAACCACGAUCGUUAUUGACAUAUGCACAUUGGAAGGCAACAGAGUUUCGGACAUUCUUAUUAUAUACAGGACCUGUGGUUUUGAAGAAAAUAAUGGUAAAUGGUGUAAAAAAGGAAAUGUAUGAGAACUUCUUACUUCUACAUACUGCGAUAUCUGUUUUAGUGAGCGAAAUUAAUCUUUCUCCAGAGAAUAUACAGUCUUGUCACGAAUUGUUAGUAAAUUUUGUCCAAGGUUUUCAAAAUAUUUAUGGGGAACAAUUUGUGUCACAUAAUGUGCACAACUUAUUACACCUUAUUGCGGAUGUUAAGAAGUUUGGACGCUUGGACAAGUACAGUGCUUUUAGAUUCGAGAACUAUAUGUCAACGAUAAAGAGAAUGAUAAAAAAAGGACAUAAACCUCUUGAACAAAUUGCCAAAAGAUACUCUGAACGCGAAGCUGUACUAAAUGAUGUGAAUAUUAAAAAAACAAAUUUGCAAAGACCACACAACACCGGACCAAUUACUAAAGAUGUCUCCGAUAUAAAAAAACAGUAUAAAGUAUUCCAGACUGAAUCAGUUAAAAUUAAUUCUCUUCAAUUAAAGAAUAGUUGCGUUUUGUUAAAGGACGGUACCUUCGGUCAAGUUUUAAAUAUUAUCGACUGUAUCAAUGAUACACGACUAAUAGUACAGAGAAUCAUGUCUACUGAUGCAUUAUAUGAAUUCCCAGAUUCUAGGUUGAUAAACAUACAUAAAGGAAUUCUUUUGAAAGACACCAUGUUCUCCACUUCGACAAAAAACUUACUGUGCAAAGUAUGGAGAGUACCAACUUCAGAAGAAGUAAUCCUGCUCCCUUUGCAACACUUAAUAAUUAUAUGAAUACCAUUUGAAAAAUAUUGAAAACUUAGAUUUAUAUGCUGGAAGAUAAUCAUAAUAAAAUCAAGAAAAGCAACAUUGGCGAUUUUUGUCUCCUAUCCUCGUAUGAAUUGACCCUUCUGCAUUACAUUUUUGUAAAUAGCAAUCUCUGAAGUAGCCGAUUAAGAAAUUACAGUCAAAAUUGUGAAAGUGAGAGAAAUUGAAAGUUUAUUGGGGAAUGAUAAAAUAGACGAGUUACUAAAAAAGGGAUGCAUCAAAUUUCAUGAACUUGAGUGGGAAGUUUUUUAAUAUUCAAAUAUGAAACUUGUCUUUAGUAUUGGUUCAUAUAUGUUUCCGCAGUACUGAUACAAGCAUUGUAUGAAGGGAUAUAUUUUGGAAAAUUUCUAAUUGUGGACUGAAGAUUCAUAAAACAAUGGAAUUUAUCAUUAAGAGCAUUAUCUUAGCUGCUCGAGAAAAAGAUCGUGCAGGUUGUUUUGCUGAAAAUCGAAUUAUCACAAGGAAUAAAAAAUUGGAAAAUUUUAUUUUAGUUAGAAUCAGCAAGGAUUAACAUCUGAAUAACUAAACAUAAGUCACCGUGCUUAAUAGUGAAUAAUGUAACAUCAGUCAGGUCUACAAGGAGGAGAAGAAAACAACUGUUAAGAAAUCGCUUCUGAUACAGAAGCAAGUAAAAUUAACAAUAUAUUUCAAGAUCUUGUUUGUUUCAUUUGCUGGUUUCACAGGCUGUUCCCUAUUUCCCUUAAAGUCCCAUUUUUUAAUUUUUAAAAAGUCCCCUAUUUCCAAACCUUUUCCUAACUUUCCCCUUUUUUCCACAAAGGCAUUAUAAAAUCUUAAUUUUUGAGGUUUCGGUUACACAGUAAACACUGACAAAACUGAAAAUUGGUACAUUGAUGUCAUUUUCUCAAGAAAAUACAGAAAUUCAGCAUCAUUUAAAUAAUUUUCAUAGUCCCCUAAAAGUCCUCUAUUUUUAUAUUUUUAGUCCCCUAUUUCUCCUAAAAUACUUUUUAGGGUCACUGUGAAGCCUGCAUUGUAAUCAAUAUAUUUUUGUAAAGUAAAAUGCAAUUUAGGAUUCAGAAAUUAAAAUAAUUUCUUUGGUUUUAAAAUGUUUAUGAUAGCCUUAUAAAAAAAUGAAGUAACGAAAAAAAUACUUUUGAAAAUUAUUUAAAAUGCGUAUUUAAGUGCAUAAAUUUUGUGCAUAGCAAUUUAAAAAUUUCUGGAAGUUAUUUAAUAAUAUUGUUUCUCAGUGUAGUUGCUCACACUAAUAAAAGCCCGUAAAAAGCUACUUGCAAACCGAAAAAUUUCAAUUGGUUUCAAAUAGUUUUACCGAUUUUUUUGAAAAAUUACUUCCAAUUUGAAAAAGAUAUAAAAAAUUGUUAUGUUAAUAAUUCUGAAAAAUUACUUUUUAAAAUUAAAUAAUUAAAACAAAAUACACUUAUAAAUAUCUACAG